ACUUUAUAGAGAACGGUGGCUUAGUCACAUUUGGAGGUUACCUUCCUAGUAUGGUCUCCACAACUAUUAGUUGGUUACUAUUAGUAGAUCAAGGAGGUCUCUGGAAAAUAAAUAUCAAUA